UUUCCUGUCGAUCUAAGCCUUCUCCAAGUUUGUAUCGCCCUCCUAUCCCCCACAUCAUCGAGUAUCUCUGUUGGGCUUUCUUCCCGACCCAGCUGCACAAUUGCCGAAAAUUCAAGUAACGUUUGGGCUACUAGACUAAAGGCUUCUGGUCAAGAACUAACUGAUGGACAGAAGAAAAUAGAGGAAAAUGAAAGAGACACACAUAACGCUACAUCGGCCAGUUUAGCAUCUACUGUAGCUUCCCUCCUUUCUAGAUUGCCCAGCUUUGCUGAGUCAUUUUUUACCGCAUCCAAUUUGGCUUUCCAACUGCAGCAACAAGUAAAUACUUACCAACAGCAGCCUCGUCAUAUCCUCGAUAGUAAUAGUUCAGGACGGCGCCAAUCAUCUGCGAGCUUCGUUGAUGGUCAGGAAGUCGAGCUAACUGCUGGCCGACGUCUGAUGAGUAUCGACCAGCAGCAAACUGAUGCUUUUUCCCCAAACGUCGUCCAGGGCAUCCAUCUUCUCCCGGGAACUCGAGGCAUCAUCCGAUUGGGUCUGUUUCCAAUAUGCACAUCUUAUCCAUGGCACACUUUAUAUCCACUGGCUACAUUAUGCACACCAAUUUAA